GACUACGACGCCGACGACUACCGCUCCGCCGGUGGCGGUACAUCAGUUUCAUCGGGACCGUACGCAGCUCGGUCGUGCCCGUCGCCGUCGCGCUCCCUCUCAACCCUCUCACGUCCUCGAUCGCGAUCGUCUACACAAUAUUCUCUAGCGAUCGCAUUUUCGUCUCUCGAUCACCCGGCGAAUCGUUCUGCUUCCGCUUCCUCGGUCGGGAUCACUCACAUCCGGGAGGGCCGUCGCCCUUGAUCCGCAUCCGGCGGCGUCGACCCAGGUGGUUUCUCUUCCGACAAGUGGACAUCACCGAAAAUACGCCCGUGAGGUCCUCAUGCGACGUACGAAAAAUAAAUACCACUGGUCCGCGUUUAAAUCUCCACAUCGAGCUUAACCGCGAUUUCGAUCCUCUCGUCAACAUAAUAUAAUAAAACACCAUCGCAUAUUCAUCCGGUCGUCCUCGCACCUACCGCACUACUAAUCGCACUCACAAACCGCACUCCACUUCUGCCGCCGCCGCCGAUCUAUGUAGUGUUGACGAGUGUGUUCGCAGUGUUCCGCGGCGCGAUCUAAUUAUCCGUACCAGUCGGUCGAUGGAAAUCUGGAUUCUACACUAAAAUAAUGAUUGAUUGAGCAAUAACGCAGUAAACAAUCUCUUAACGACUGAAAAAAAAAAGGACAAUGACGGGACCGAAACAAAACUGAAAUUGAGGGAUGGAAAAAGCGCACUGCACGGUGCACCGUCAGGCGCUAUGGAUCUUGUGUUUCCACGUCGUUUGCAGUUUGUCGUUCGUUGCAGAAAACAUUUCGACGACAGAAACUACGAUGGACGUAAAUUUGAUCGAUGAAAAUCAUCAUCAACACGAAGCUGGAUCGAAAUGGUCGCCCUUGUUUGAGGAUGGUCCCGGACCCGUCAACGUCACAGCCCGUAUCGGGUCUACAGUGCAAUUGAACUGUAAAAUCCAACUACUUUACGAUAAAACGGUUACAUGGGUUCAUCGAAAAUCAGACGAUAUACAACUGCUCACAGUGGGCCGUCAGGUGCAUAGCUCAGACCAGAGGAUAUCGUUGAGCUUCAGAUAUCCUAAUAACUGGAGACUACAAAUCGUCUACAUAACCGACAGGGACGAUGGAGUGUAUGAGUGUCAAGUAGCAACACACCCGCCGACCACCAAGAAAACGUACCUUAGAGUCGAUGUGCCCACGGUACGUAUGUCAGUGACCGGUACCGGUGAUGUGACAAGAGGCGGUAGUGACGUUUUCUUCAAGACCGGCAGCACUCUAGAGAUCGUGUGCAAAGUCGUUCACGCUGGUAGCAACAACGGGUCCAAAGUGUCGUGGUACAGGGGACCGCAAACGAUUUCAACCGGGAUCACCGAGAGGACCAGCAAUGAUUCUAGUUAUACGACGAUCGUGUCCAUUUUGAAAAUCAAACAUGUACAGAAAACACAUUCGGGCAACUACACGUGCUUGGUUGGAUCGCCGUCAGCAUCGGCGGCCGUGACUAUUCAUAUACUUAACGGAGAGCAACCGGCGGCGGUGCACGACGGCAACUCGGGCCCUCUGGUGUGCUGCGUGGCCGGCUGGUGGCUGCUGACCCUGUGCUGCCUGGUGCUGUCCAGUUGAUUCUCCGGGCCCGUGCAGUAGACAGUGAUGACGGGUCGUCGUCGUCCGAAACACCUGCACAGCGAUCACUACGCCACCUAAUUAUGCAUACAAUAUAUAUAAUAUAUAUAUAGAUGUGCUCGUCGAUCGCCGAAUCAUUACAUUCCUAAUAUUAUUAUAUAGAUGACUUUGUGACGAAUCUUUCGGGAUGCUGAUCGUGUACGGCCGACAACUUGCACUACCACCUGUUUCUCCAACGCGCCGAAAGUCGAAAUUCCCAAACACUUUUAAUAUUGUCGUGUGUGUGUGUGUGUGUAGGUACAUAGGUAUAUGUUAAGAGUUUCCCAAUUAUGUAUAUUGUAUGUACUACAUGUAACCUAUACAUUAUUCGUGUCUGUGCAUAAUGAUAUAGCGAUAAGACGGCUAUAUAUUAUAUACUUAGAGACGGAGGAUUGGAGUAAAUUUAUUUUAUUUUACGCCGUUACACACGUCGGUGACUAUUAAAGUUAUUUUUACUUGUUUGUAUAUGAUAUAAUAUAUAUAUUGUAUAAUAUCAACCCCGCGCAGUCAUUCUAUACAGUCUAUAAUAUAAUAUUAUAGCAAUGUAAUGACACCCCUAAACGCCGUCUUAGAGUGUUCGUAGGCCGCCAGUUGUAACCCAUACAUACGUUGGAAAAAUAAAGAAAUUAAAAUGCGUGUUACCUUCAUACAAUAUUAUAUUCAAUGGUCGAAUAAAACUUUCGAACAAUGUACGUUUCGACACCGACAAAUGUGAACUGAAGGAUAUUCACCGUAGUAUCGUAUGUUAUCGAAACAUUAAUCGUUUUCGUCACCGAAAAUAUUUCACGCGUGAAAUUUCCAACGACAUUAUAAUUAAACUUUGAUGUAUCUAUCUACAUAUAUAGGUAUAGUAUACGUUAAAACUUAAAACGCAACGAUGACGAUAUAUUUUAUCGCGACCCGCGAUAUUAAUUGACGGUUUGUCUAGACUUUACAACUUACAACUAUACUCAUGCGCAAUUUAUGUCAAAGGCUCUAUUUCGUGUACCUAAAUAGUAUAUACACGCGAUAUUAUGUGUAUCUAACUGAUAAUACAGAAUAUAGGUAGGGUAUCCAGACGUCCCGGUUUUUCUGGGAUUGUCCCGGUUUUUAAAAGUUUCUUCUGUCAUCCCGAAAAUCUUUAUCGGGAUUUCAAUAUGUCUCCCGGAUUAAUGCGUUAAUAUUCUGAAUUCAUAUUACAUUAUGUUAAAAUUUAUAUAAUUUUUAUGAUAUCUAACUAGUAAAAUCAAAUUCCAAAUACGAUUAACAAUAAAUUUAAAAAUAUUAUAUAUCCUAAAAUUACAUAAUUUAUAUUAUUAAUUAAAAUACCUAUUUAUAAUUUAUAAAUUAUAAAUUUAUUUUAUCCAAAAUAAUUUUUCUUUAUGAAAUAUAUUCUGUUUGUCCCGGUUUUUCUUUUUAAUAAUCUGGUCAUCCUAAGUAUAGGUAGUCCUCCCAGAAGAAUCCCGAACACGUAAUAGUCAUAAUAUUCAAGUGUGUUUCGCAUCUGAUGAUUAUCAUCAUAUUAUAAUUCAUGUAAGAAAUAGCAUUCUUGCGAAUUGCGAGACUUGACUAUAGAGAUGUAGGAUGUUUCUACCGUGAACUUUAUCAUCAGUCCUUCGUAAGGAUAAGGUAUACUCAGUUGUAUGAGCCAAAAACAAAAUUUUAGAAACUUUUUUCUAUCUCAAAAAAGAAAGGCUUAACAUUUUUAUUCCAAUAACGACUAAAAUUUAAUAUAAAAUAAUACUCAACGGUAUUUCCCACAAAGACAUCGUCUGAACAAAUAUUUAUCUCAACGGUUUUGUACCAUUUUGUGCCAAAAUCGAAAUAUUAUGAUACCCCCAUUUUUUUAUUGUUAAGUGCCGUGCCUACAUUAUAAACAGCAACAUAAUAUGCAGCUAACAAUUAGAACAACAGAUAAAAUGUACGGACAUGAUUUUGACGUAUUCGUUAUUGGUCUACUCCGUCGUUUUUUUAUCCAAAUGGUGAAGUACUAAAGUUCGUUGUAGAAAUACUCGGUAUACACUACUUUAAUAAUAUCAGCUUAAAUACCUACUAUAGAUAUGUUGCAAAGUUUUAAAGUAUCCUCUAUAAAAUUUAUCAAUUUCUAACAAUUAUAGAUGUCUUCCCCAAGGCCCAAAGAGUACCUAAUAAAAAUCCCAAAAAUAUCCGUCACUUUCACUUUAAUAAUUCAAUGUUAUAAUAGAUAUUCUACCUAUAUUCUUGUAUUUCUACAAUAUUGUAAUAUACAUUACUUAAUAAUAACUGUAAAUUAUAAUAUUCAACUAUAGGUAUAAUAAUACAUAUAUUGUACAUUUGAACGCUAAGAAAAAUAAAAUAUUAUAAGCUAAAUGAUUGUGACACAAAUCGUAUUAACGAUUCGUCAUAGUUAUUAUGUAUUAUGUACCUACUUAACAAUAAUCGUGUUGCAAAUUUUCAUAAGAACUUUUUUAAUUCUAUUAAUAUAUCGAAUAUUUUUAAGACAAUUGGUGUAAAAAAGUGUAAAUAUUAUUUUCAUUCAAUUAAAUGUGUAUAAAUCUUACUCUGUGUAUUUAUGUAUAUCGCAUUAUCGCUACUUAUAAUAUUCGAAAUUCGUUUUAAUUCACAACAAUACAUUUUAAAUAUUAUUUUAUUCCAGUUCUUUGUGAGAAAAUUAAUAUGUUCGAAUAAACUAAAAUUAUUAACAUCUAUACAGUUAAUUUAAUGUUAUUUAGGUAGGUACUUAAGUUAAUACCUAUUUAUUUAUAAAUGUAUAUUUUUUUUUACAUUAGUUUUAUCAAAUUAUUUGAUAUGAAUAUAAAUACAAUUAAAAAUGCCCUUUAGGAUACAUUUAUCUUAAAUGUUUAUUUUUCUUCUUACAUUAAGUACUGUCAACUUAAAUGUUAAAAAUCUUGAUUAUCUAUUUUGUGAAUAAAAUAUUAAAAUAGUUGGUUGAAACUAAAUAAAAUAACGAUUUAAUAGUACAUACACUCGUACGAUAUAGAGAGAAGAUGAACGGACAAAUUUAAUGUCAUGUAUCCGUCAGUAAAUUCAAGGAGAAAAUGUAUACAGUUUAUAUAAAAAUUUUAUAAAUAAAUAUAUAUGUAAUAUUAAUUUAAUACCUAUACGACAUUUCUAAAUAUUAUUUGUGUAAAUAAACCAACUGUAUUUGGUUAUAAAAUUGUUAUCAUCCUAUAAUUUUUUUUUAUCUAAAAUUUAUUUAUACUUACUUAAAUGGUAAGAAAAUGGCAAGUUGUUAUAAAAAUUAUUACUUUGAAAAAAGAGUUGAUUAAAAUAUUAUUGUUAUUUAAGUUAAAAAAAAUAUAUAUGUAUGAUUAUGAUAUAA